AUGUCGACCUCCGCUCGUCGCCGUCUCAUGCGUGACUUCAAGCGCAUGCAAACAGACCCUCCAGCGGGUGUCUCUGCAUCUCCAGUUGCUGACAAUGUCAUGACCUGGAAUGCCGUCAUCAUCGGCCCCGCGGACACUCCUUUUGAGGAUGGCACCUUUCGCCUUGUGAUGCACUUCGAAGAACAGUACCCCAACAAACCCCCAGGUGUCAAGUUCAUCAGCCAGAUGUUCCAUCCUAAUGUCUAUGGCACUGGCGAGCUCUGUCUCGAUAUUCUGCAGAACCGCUGGAGUCCUACCUAUGACGUGGCGGCCAUCCUGACUAGUAUCCAGAGUUUGCUUAACGAUCCCAACACCUCGUCUCCUGCGAACGUCGAGGCUUCGAACCUCUACAAGGACAACCGUCGCGAAUACGCCAAGCGUGUCCGCGAGACCGUCGAGAAGAGCUGGGAGGACUAG